AGGCACCGUCGAGUGCACGAUCAACAACAGAGCUUCUUCACCGUUGCACCUCGCUCUGAUACUGCUAGUUUUCUUAUUUUCAACAAGCUCCCGAUCAAUACUUCGCUAUCAGGCUUCAAGCUCCCACUUUAUCAACAAUCACUCUACAGCUACAUCAUCAUGGCAGUCUCAGUCACGCAUAGCGCGUCCGGCCUCUUACUCGAACCUCUCCCUAAUCUCGACACUCCCGCUCGCCGCACUGUCAGCCACGCGUUGCACCGGAUCAAGUUCGUCGGAGCUCUGGGGCAAUGGACCAACUUCGAGACAGAAGUCGCGAACACCUACAACAGCCAGACAUGGAACUUGCGCGAAAUAGCGUCCAGAUUGACAGCCAACUUCCUCGCCGGUUCAGUUCACGAAGAGCAAGUUUUCGUGCCUCUAAGGGGGCUUUGCCGCCGUAUCCAGGAUACAAAAAAGCCCCCCGACUUUGUGCUUAUGACCUCGGCUCACGAAGCAAAGGUUGUGGGAGAAGUCAAGGUUCCCUGGAUACGCGAGCACAACCUAAGGAAGUUGAUCACUGAGUUUGAGUCUGGGGCUAAGCAAGAUAAUUUCCGGCACGUACUAGGUCAAAUCGCGGAGUACAUGUUCAACUCAGGCUUGAAGUAUGGGUUCUUGACUACGUACGAGCAUACGAUUUUUCUUCGAAAGGAGGAAGUCGGUCGAGCUUGGGGACUGGAGUAUUCUCCGGUGAUUUACCAGUGA